AUGUCUAUAGCCAUAACAAAUUCUGCAAUAUCUAGAGGUUGGUCCGAUUGGCAACCAUCCAUAAUACCAACCAAAACUACCUUACUGACAUUUACCGGAGAUCCGUCUAGUUUAUUAUCCGUCAUCUCUUCAGCUGUGGAUCAAGUUGCAACUGAAACUAAUUGGCCCGUCCUAAUGGACCUUUCACGGUCUAUUAGAGGCGCCCAAGCAUCCAUUACUAUCAUGCGAGCAGAACUGGUAUUGGCUACAGCAACCGAUCAAAGCGUUCUACUGCAGGCUACUGAGAUUAUUUUCAAUGCUACACUUAAUUUGAAGGCUUUGGAGUUUGAGAACAAUCCAUAUCAAUACAAUUUGAAUGUGGCAGCUAAUGCUAUUUAUCUUGUUGUUUUUGGCUUGAUAUGGGGUUUCAACACUUUAAUGGUCAUCAAAUCAAAAUAUUGGUGGUACAAUAUAACAUUUUUUCUUGGGUUUGGUCUUGAAGUUAUUGGAUUUAUUGGUAGAAUUGUAUCCACAGUUGAUAUAGAGAACCAUGAUGCAUUUUUAAUGCAAAUUAUUGGGUUAACUAUGGCUCCAGCUCUUGUUAUGGCUGGAAUGUAUUUCCUAUGUGCUCAAGCUGUGGUUAUCCAUGGUAGGGGUUACUCCAUAUUGAAGCCCUUAUGGUAUUCUUAUUUCUUUAUUACUACGGACGUUUUAUCAAUUUUCGUUCAAGCUGGCGGAGGUGCCGCUACUUCAAUUGCUUAUAACAACAAUAAGUCUACUAAACCAGGUACAAAUAUGAUUUUAGGAGGUAUAUGUUUCCAACUACUUGCCAUGACAUUUUUCGUUGCAUUUUGGUUUGAUUUUUUACUUCGGUUAUACUUCAAAGACAAUGCCAAAAUUGAAGAUUCAAAUCCUUAUAAGAAGCGGUCUAUAAAGAAUUUUAUAAAGUUAUUAUUGGCUACUCCAUCAGCAAGAAGGCAUACAAGAAACACCUUGGACAAGUUCUACAAUCCAAAAUUCCAAAGUAUUCGUUCAAGACCAUUGUUUAAUUGGUUCCCGUUGGCAAUUACCGUUAGUGUGUGUGUCGUGUACAUUCGGUGCAUAUAUAGAGUGGUUGAAUUGGCUGAAGGAUGGAGAGGUCAUUUAAUUACUCAUGAAGUUUAUUUGAUGACCUUAGAAUCUCUUAUGAUGUCAAUUGCUGGGUUAAUCUUCAUCCCAUUCCAUCCAUAUUUUGUACUUGGAAAAGUCAACGUCGUAAAAUUGGCCUCCAUUAGAAAGAGACUUGAUGUUGACGAAGGAAAUGGUUCAGAGAAUGAAGAAAACUCUUCGAGGAGUGUUUUGAAUCAAACUGUUGAUGUCCAUGAAGAAAAGUAA